AUGUCAUCGAAGUUACUUUCCAAGCUAGGUGGGUUGAGUCUAACUACGUGCCGAUACUUUUCCAACUCCAGGCCGUAUUUAAACGAGAUCAUUCAAGAUGCAACUGUAGUAACAACUACAGUCUCUACCACCAACACCUCUUCUUCUUCUUCUUCUUCAAUAUUAUUCGACCAACAAAUACCCAAUGAAAGAAAAUCCAACAGAUUUAGACAAAGAUUUAAUGGUGAUAGAGGUAACAAUGACCAAGCAUCAUUUUCCAAUAGGUCAAGAAACUACAAUAAGCAAGUGACUGAAAAUCUUUCAAUGUCCGAGCUCAAUCAGACUCGUAUACGUCCCACAUUAUCUACAUUUUAUGGAGGAAAUCCAGUUCACGAAACUAUUAUGAAUACAAUCAAUUCCCUCAUCCGAAAGUACGAGAAAUUGCCUAAAAGGGUGUUGUCAGAUGAAGAGCUCCGUGCAAAGAAAUUUAUCGGAUUUGAAGUUUAUAAAGAAAGAUUACAAUCUGGUACUAGAUUGAGACCUAGUCACUAUAGAGAACUUGUUAAUGGGUUGAGUCAGUUACGUACAAUUGAGCACGAGUUGAUGCCACUGGAGGUCAUUGAACUUCUUGGUGAGUACUACUCCACCUCGGCGGCAAAAGCCGUUGAAAAGAAAAAGAUUCAACAAUUGGAUCAAUGGGGUAGAUCCACCACUAAGGCCAAGAGAAAGAAUGCAGAGGCUACAGUGCGGAUGGUUCGAGGCGAGGGCCAAGUUAUUGUUAAUGGUAUUAAUGUUAUUGAGUACUUUCCAAAUGUCUAUGCCAGAAAAAAUUUGGCUUACCCAUUCCAAGUAGUUGACCAAGAAGGUAAAUAUAAUAUAUUUGCUACAGUUACAGGCGGUGGUUACACGGGUCAAAGUGAAGCCAUCAUGUAUGCCAUUGCUAAAGGUCUUGUUGUGUUCAACCCAUUGUUGAAGAGUAGAUUGUCAAAGGCUGGAUUGAUGACAAGUGAUACAAGGGUUGUGGAAAGAAAGAAACCUGGUAAACUUAAGGCUAGAAAAUCACCAACCUGGGUUAAACGUUAG